GGGAGAUCCCACAAGGAAACACAUAUGUUGCCAGAGCACUGCUUGAAUGCAUGUCUUACCGUCAAACAAAAGAAGACAUGAAGAAGGAUUCAUGUAGUAAAAGGUAAAUGCUGUCAUGAAAACCUUUGGCAGGAACAAUGAAUCCUGGUCUAGAGCUAGGCCUACCUCCAAGAGCUAGAUCCGCACUCCCCUACAAGACUCAGGAACCAGCCUGUACCAGUCAGAUAACCCCUCUUCCCCUGAACCAGACCGGCAUGGCCGAGCUCCAGCUGCAGGUGGACUUCUUUCGUAAACUGGGCUACUUGCCCGAGCAGAUCCAGGCGGCCAUGGUGAAGCUGGGCAUGAGCACGGACACCAACGCGGUGCUGGCGGAGCUGGUGAGGACCAGGGCCUCCAGGAGUCCCACCCCAGAGAGGGAGACCCCGGCUGGGCCCGGCGGGCGAAGGAGCCCUGGGAAGGCCACCCAGCUUCCACCAGCAAAAGAGAGGGAAGAGGACGAAGUGCCAGAAAAUGAACUCAAACCUAUUGUCAUUGAUGGAAGCAAUGUCGCCAUGAGUCAUGGGAACAAGGAAGUAUUUUCAUGCCGGGGAAUUGAGCUGGCUGUCAACUACUUCCUUGAGCGGGGACACAAAAAGAUCACGGUGUUUGUGCCCUCCUGGAGGAAGGAGCAACCCAGACCUGAUGUGCCAAUCUCAGGUCAGCACAUCCUAAGCAAACUGGAGAAGCAGAAGAUCGUGGUGUUUACUCCCUCAAGGCGUGUAGGGGGCAAACGAGUGGUCUGCUACGACGACCGCUUCAUCGUGAAGCUGGCCCAUGAACUGGACGGCGUUAUCGUCUCCAACGACACUUAUCGUGACCUGCAGAGCGAGAAACCAGAAUGGAAGCGUUGCAUUGAGGAGCGACUGCUCAUGUACUCUUUCGUCAACGACAAGUUUAUGCCCCCUGAUGACCCUCUUGGUCGCCAUGGUCCCAAUCUUGACAACUUCCUACGGAAGAAGCCGAUAUUGCCAGAGAACAAACGUCAGCUUUGUCCUUAUGGAAAGAAGUGCACUUAUGGCAUGAAGUGCAAGUUCUACCACCCGGAGCGUGCCAACCAGUCCCAGCGGGCACUGGCAGACGAGCUGCGGGAGAAUGCCAGAAUCACCACCGCCCACAAGGAGGGUGGCAGAGGUGCCAGUGUGACUCAAAGCCCUACUUUCGGGACGAGCGCAACGAGAGGAUGUGCUGCGCUCUCUGGCGCGAGUCUCGUCUCCGGCACGAGCUCCCCCUCGCUGGAGCAGCAGCUGCAGUACGGCCUCACCCUGGAGCCCAGCGGGCGGCCCCUCCACAAGGACCUCCACAGGGCCGAGUCCCCCAAGUACUGGCUGGACGGAGCGGCUUCCGGCAGAGCGGCGUCCUUCGGCAGAGCGCUGUCCUCCAGCAGCAGCGGCUCUAGCGGUGGCUCCAGCGGUUACCACUCGCUAGCGGAGUGGCCCAGCCUGCUCUCCCCCUUCGCCACCGACCCGGCCUCCGUCUUCAGUGCAGACUCAGGCCUGGGCUCGUAUGAGCACCAGCAGCAGCAACACCAGCAGAAGCAGCAACACCAGCACCAACAGCAGCAGCAACAGCAGCAACAACACCAGCACCAACAGCAGCAACAGCAGCACCAGCAGCAGCAACAGCAGCAGCAGCAACAGCAGCACCAGCAGCAACAACACCAGCACCAGCAGCAACAACACCAGCACCAGCAGCAACAACACCAGCACCAGCAGCACCAGCAACACCAGUCACAGCAGCAACAUCAGCAGUACCACCAGCAGCAGCAGCAGCAGCAACACCACCAGCAACACCAGCAGCAUCAGCAGCACCCUAAGGACAUGUGCCGUGGCCAGGCCAGGCUCCCAAGCCUUCGAGAAGCACCGCCUGGCUGUUUGACCUGCUGCCCCCACCUGACGGCUCCACCACCACCACUGCCCCACCUCCUGCAGCCCUGCUACUCCAGCCCAGCUGGUUGUCCUCCGUGCCACCCUUCCCACAGCUACGAGCCGCCUCAGUAUCCGCAGGCUGCCCAUAUGCACCACUACAGCCUACCCAGCUACAUCCAGCUCGGAGAGGGAGGAGGAGGAGGAGGAGGAGGACAGGUAGGCCGAGGCCAGCAGAGCUGUUGGUCAGACUCCCUGCUGUGGAUGCCGCGCGGUGCGCCGAGCCCUUCCAGUCUUCCAGAGUCCAGGCAUCUGGUGAGCCUGGCAGGGCCUGCUCACUGCUACCAGCACCAGCAGGCGUGGCCCGGAGCUUACGGCGGCCCGCCAGCAGCCCAAGCAGAGCCGCCGCCCCCGCCGCCACCGCCGGCCCACUUGGACCCCGAGAGGGAGGAGAUGCGCAAGAAGCUGCACGCCAUUUUCAACCCGUACCAGGUGGACCGGGUCAUGAGCAUGUACCCGCACCUGAAGGACGCCCAGCGGCUGGCGGCGGAGAUUCUCACCCUCAAGUCGAAAGGAGAGCUGUUCUGAGGAAGACUGGCACUGCCACUUCUAAUGCCAUCUCUUUUUUUGUCUUGUUCUCCUCUCGCGUGGCACUACAAAGUAUUUGUGGCCAAAUAAUACACCAAAGAACCAAUGUCCAGUGUGACACAAAGACUACUAGAUCUACGGUAUGAGUAUUUCUUAAUGUUGGGCUUUUCAGCCCCAGGUGAUCUCAACAGCCAUCAGUCUUUAGCACUGAUGUUAAGUAAUGUCAUGUGAUAAUUACGUGGCAUUUUUUUCUGUUUGUCUAAUUGAACAGCAGUGUGGUCUUGGCAUUUAUUGUAAAGACUAUUGUGCAUACUUGCCUUAUACGUUUGCCUUUGCGCUUGGUAUGAUACUGGGGAAAAACUGUGUAGUGGGAUGCAAGGGCUAAAUUGUUGAUGCAUAUUGUAUCUUGUCGGGUAUGAAUUGUAUUUUAAAGUACAAGGCAUUCAAAGCCAAAAAAAUGGCAUAAAUGUAAAUGCCAUAAAUUAACAUGUAGAAAUCAUGUUAUAAAAGUCCAAAUAGCACUUAAGUACUUAGUGACUAAAGUGCUGCAGGACAAAGGGAAUUCUGUUGGUAUGGUGUUAUGUAUACACCAAACAGGCACACACACACACACACACACACACACACACACACACACACACACACACACACACACACACACAUUUUCUCUUCAAUAGCCAUUUUGAAAUGAGAGAUCUAUUAUGAAACUGUGCAAAUAUUUGACUAAAUUAUAGAAUAGUAUACAAAAUCACUUUAUCUUUAUGUGUCUUCCAUCACUUCAACACUCUUUUUAAGUUGUUUUGAGUUUCAUUUCUGUCUAUUAUUUUUCUAACACUUCUGGGCACAGACCAUAUUCAGGGAAUGGACUGCAAGAGUCCGAGUCCCCCUGAAAACUUGCCCCAAUUUCUCAUGAUUUUAAUUAUUUGUCUCACCAUUUCUCACAUGUGUUUUUAGUAUAGCCAUGAUAUCUGUGUGAUGAUGGGAUAUUUUAAGUGUGCAUGUAAGUAGGCAUCCACACAGUGAACUGUAUUUAGAAAAUAAUCCUUGCUAAAGAAAGUUCUCAUGCAUGAGGUUUUAACUGUGCGACUUAAAUUGAAGUUCUCUGGUUCUCUGUAAUGCACUGUAUGUGCACGACCAAAAUUAAACU